UACGGUACCAAUUGCCAUCCGCGUCUUUAAAAACCACGAGCCGUAGCUGAAAAAUUGUCAAUGCACCAUCUGUUCUUAUCGAGUGAACACACGGGUUUACAAGUGAAUAAUAAUCAAGUUCUUCCUUCACGGCAUUGGAAUUAUUUUUAGAAAAAAUUUCGAAGAAAAAGAGAAAACCAAGACUUCGUCACUGUUCGACAAAUUGUUUUGUUUAGUAAAACUAACAUAAAAAAGAAACAAAUUAAAUCACACAAUGAAGGUGUUUAUCGUAUCGUGUAUUUUAUUGAGUGUUGCUUUCGCUCAAGCCGUGCCAAGCAGCCAACCAUCCACAUUUUUACAAGAAUGUUUCGAAAAAGAUUCGAUCUCUUGUGUACAAACCACGAUUUAUCGUCGUGCUCGUGAAUUCUUUGAUCAGCCAAGCAUCAAAUUUGUCGGUGGCAUUUCAUUUGCCAAAUCGAAUGAGCGUGCCGGCAAAAGCCUAGAACCAGAGCCACAAGUGGAAGAAGCCGGCAAUGUUCAAGCUCGUGAGCUCGCUUUGGAAGACUACUUGUUGGGCCGUGUGAAAAAUUUCUUCAAUGAACGUUCAGUCAGCUGGGACUUUGCUAGCGCUGGCCGUAGCCUUGCCAACGCAAUUCCAGAUGAAGUUAAGGAAUCGGUUCGUGCUUUGGUUGUUGAAGGUCGUACCAAGAAGAAGAUCAUCAAGAAAUUGUUGCCAUUGUUGGGUUUGUUGAAAUUGAAGUUGGCUGCCCUUGCUGUUUUGGCCAUCGCCGGUAUUGCCAUCAUCGCUAAGAAGGCUUUGAUCACAUCAUUGAUUGCUAUUGCCAUUGCUGGUGCUGGUGCUUUGUCGGGUGCUGUUUCAAAAUUGUUGGGCCGUCGCGGCGGUGCCGGUGGUCUUGGUGGAUGGACCAGUGGUAGCAAUGUUGAAGAAAUCAUCGCAUACACCAACGGUGGUGGCGCAGCAGCUAACUCAGGAUGGUCAUCGGGCGGUAGCGGAUGGAAUAGCUAUGAUUCAUAUGGAGAACACGGUGCUCACAGCCAACCAAUUGCACAACAGAUCGCAUACUCUGCACAUAAAGCGGCUCGCCGAAAAACGAGAAAAUUAUUUCAACGUUUUUUUUUGGAAAAAAAAGAAAAAAUGAAGGUGUUUAUUGUUGCUUGUGCUUUACUCAGUGUAGCUGUCGCUCAAACAGUGGAACAACCCAUCUUGCAAGAAUGCUUCGAAAAAGAUUCGAUCUCUUGUGUUCAACAAACGGUCUUCCGUCGUGCUCGUGAAUUCUUCGAUCAACCAUCGAUCCACGUAUUCAGCGGUGUUGAAUUCGCCCGUUCAAAUGCCCGUGCCGCCAAGAGCCUCGAACCACAAGUCGAACAAGCCGCCACCGUUCAAGAGCGUGAAUACGCUUUGGAAGACUACUUGUUGAACCGUGCCAAGAACUUCUUCUCUGAACGCCAAAUCACCUGGGAUGUUGCCACCACCGGUCGUGCCAUCUCAAACGCUAUCCCAGACGAAGUUAAAGAAUCAGUUCGUGCUAUGGUUGAAGAAGCUCGUCUCGGAAAGAAAGUCAAGCUUAUCAAGAAAUUGUUGCCAUUCUUGGGAUUGCUUAAAUUGAAAUUGGCUGGUUUGGCUGUUUUGGCUGUUGCUGCUAUUGGUCUCCUCGCUAAGAAGGCUUUGAUCACCUCAUUCAUUGCCAUCGCUAUUGCUGGUGCCUCAUUCUUGGGUUCAGUUGUCGCUAAAUUGUUCAGCCUUGGAUCUGGUUUGGCUAAAGGCGUCGGUGGCAUCGGUGGCAUCGGUGGCAUCGGUGGCGGCGGUGGCGGCGGUGGCUCAGGAUUGGGCGGUUUGGGCGGUUUGGGUAGCCUUUUGGGAGGUGGUGGUGGUGGAAACGGUGGAUACAGCAACGCCAACGUUGAAGAAAUCAUCGCAUACAACACUGCUGGCUCAUCAUAUGGCGGUGGCAACGGAUGGAGCAACCAAGGAUGGAGCAGCAACAACGGAUGGGACGAACACGGCUCACACAGCCAACCAAUCCCACAAUUGGCCUACAGCGGCCAACGCCCAAAAAGCCGUCGUUAAUCCAUUUAACAUCGUCCUUUAGUAGCUGUUAGAAAACCUAUUUGUAGCAACUACAAACCAACACAACCAUUUCUU